AUGGAUCAGUUCCAAGCCCUUAUUGAGCCGGCUCGACAGUUCUCGAAAGACUCCUACAGACUUGUCAAGCGUUGCACUAAGCCAGACCGAAAAGGUGCGUUUUGUUUUUUUAUUUUUUUCCUAUCGACUUAUUUAUCAGCGUUAUUUGAUUUUCUUCUUCAAGAUUUACAGUUUUUAAACAUAUUUAACUUUCCCUUCUCUAUAAAAUAUUUAAGAUUACUCCACUUUAUUUCUUUCGAUUUUAGAAAAGUCGAUAAAUCCUUUUAUUAUAUCUUGCAAAAGGUCUUUUUUUGGGGAAAAAUGAGUAAACGAGCCGCCUGCUGGAAAAAAAAAUUGAACCUUACUUUAUAAACCUUUUUAAAAGCAGUCUUCCGCAUCAUAUUUUUUUAGAAAUUUAUUUUUGUAGUCUUUGAAAAAUCAUUUGAUGAAGAAUUUUAGGUCCUUUUACUAAAAAUGUUGCUAUUUUGAGUUCAUUUGUGUAGUUGGUUGCGCCUUAUAUGGCGGCUUUUUGUAAUUUACCAAAAAAAUUAUUGACGUAUAUCUGUAUGUUUUUUUCCUUUUUAUAAAAAUUAAACAGAGUUUAAAAAAACCAAAGAAAUUCAAUUUUAAGCUUCAUUAAAAAAAUAAAUUUAGCAGUGCGAGGUUUUAAGUAUGAAACCUGUUUUCAAAAAUCUCAAUUAAAAAAAUGAUGUUUACUAGAAGGGGACUAUUCUGAAAAGAGUCUUAAUUUUUAAUUUUCCAGAAUACCAGAAGAUCGCUAUCGCCACGGCCAUCGGAUUCGCCAUUAUGGGAUUCAUUGGCUUCUUCGUCAAGCUCAUCCACAUCCCGAUCAACAACAUCAUCGUCGGAGCUUAA